AUGCCGAGCAUAUUUGCCUACCUCAGUGCUGAAGUCGACUGGUGCGAAGAGAAUUUUGUGCACUCCGAGUACAUCGCUGAAUACUAUAACACGAUCAGCAACCUCGUUUUCUUCAUCGCGACGCCUUUCAUGUUGUUGCUGAACAUCGACUACAUGAAGUAUCGGCCCAUCCCCGUCCGCUGCCUCACUGGCCUUGUGUUCCUCAUUGGGAUUUCCUCCAUUUAUUUCCACAUGACGCUUAGCUACGCCGGGCAGCUAUUGGACGAGCUCUCCAUUCUCUGGACGAUGGGUCUGUGCUACGCUUGCUGGUUUCCCAUGAUCUACGUUCCAGCAUUCAUCAAGAACAGGGAACAGUUUACAUGGAUAGUGGGCAUCGUGACGGUCAUGAGCACAUUAAUGUCCUUCGUCAGACCGGAGCUCAACGCUUAUGUUCUGAAUACCGUCGCCUUACACAUCUUGUAUGUGAUCAUCCAGGAAGUCAGAAAAAGCACCGAUCCCCGCAUGCAGCGGCUGGGAAUCACUGUUGUGAUCUGGUGGGUCGUUGCCAUCAGCUGCUGGAUAACGGACAAGUUCUUUUGCGAAUUCUGCCGGAAGAUCAACUUUUGUUACCUUCACAGCUUGUGGCAUAUUUUUAUCAACAUGGCUUUGAUGUACUUAUCUACCUUUAUCAUCUACCUCGACACCUUUUACGAUUUGCCCGGCUCUGAGCCCAAACUCUCGUAUUGGCCUAGCGAAAAAUCGCCGAUCUCGCUGCCGUACAUCAUCUUCAAGAAGUCACAGAAGUGGUGCUAG